GCCUCAAGUGUCUGAGCCUCCCCUACGCUGGGUGCGCCCCGCACGUUUAUCCUGCCCCGGAGCAGUGCCGGCACCCAGCCCUCGUUCCACAGCCGCUGCGAGAUGCUGCGCUCCACGUCCACCGUCACCCUGCUCUCAGGUGGCAGCUCCAAGUCGCCUGGGACACCCAGUAGGAGGGCAAAUGUCUGCAGACUGCGGCUGACCGUGCCUCCCGAGAGUCCAGUGCCCCAGCAAACAGAAAAGAAGAUUGAGAGGAAAGAUCAGCCUCCAGAACUAAGCAAUGGAGAACCUACCAGGAAGCUUCCUCAGGGUGUUGUCUACGGUGUGGUGCGAAGAUCGGAUCCCAACCAGCAGAAGGAAAUGGUUGUAUAUGGCUGGUCCACGAAUCAGCUGAAAGAAGAGAUGAACUACAUCAAAGAUGUGAGGGCCACUUUGGAGAAAGUGAGGAAGCGGAUGUACGGAGACUAUGAUGAGAUGAGGCAGAAGAUACGCCAGCUCACCCAGGACCUGUCGGUUUCUCAAGCUCAGCAGGAGUACCUAGACAGCCACAUCCAAGCACAGUCGUCUGCCCUGGAUAGCUUCAGUGCCAUGAACUCAGCAUUGGCGUCUGACUCUGUUGGCCUGCAGAAAACCCUUGUGGAUGUGACUUUGGAAAAUAGCAACAUCAAGGAUCAAAUCAGGCAUUUGCAGCAGACCUAUGAAGCCUCCAUGGACAAGCUGCGGGAGAAGCAGAGGCAGCUGGAGGCUGCUCAAAUGGAAAACCAGCUGCUGAAAAUGAAGGUGGAGUCAUCCCAGGAAGCCAACGCAGAGGUGAUGCGGGAGAUGACGAGGAAGCUGUACAGCCAGUAUGAGGAGAGACUGCAGGAGGCGCAGCGCCGGCACAGCGCGGAGAAGGAGGCGCUCCUGGAAGAAACCAAUAGCUUUCUGAAAGCCAUCGAAGAGGCCAAUAAAAAGAUGGAGGCAGCUGAGCUCAGCCUGGAGGAGAAAGACCAGAGAAUCGGAGAGCUCGACAGGCUGAUUGAGCGGAUGGAGAAGGAACGCCACCAACUCCAGCUCCAGCUCCUUGAGCAUGAAACAGAGAUGUCAGGAGAGAUUGCGGAUUCUGACAAGGACAGGUACCAGCAGCUGGAGGAGGCAUCAGCCAGCCUCCGAGAGCGGAUCAGACACCUGGAUGACAUGGUGCAUUGCCAGCAGAAGAAGGUCAAGCAGAUGGUUGAGGAGAUCAUGUCGCACGAGCUCUUCUCCACAUUUAGUCUCCGGCUCUUUGGAAGAUGAUAAGAUGUAGCCUGCUCUGGGUAGAAGCAGAGGUGAACGCGUCUUACUGGGUGUGAUUAGAAGAAUACUUGUAUACUCUUCGGGGACAAGGUGGUGUUUAUCUGUGCUGAGCCCGGAGCAAGCAGGAAAGAUAUGCUAUUCAAAGGAAACCUUGGCCCUGUGGGGCCCUCAUUUGUGAAAACACUCUCAGACAGUAGCCUCAACACAUACAACCACAAACAACAGCUCAAAGAGACUUCAGAGAUACACGGGCUGUUUCUUUUUAGAAACUUGUGUUCCUAGACAUCAAAACAAGAACUGCAUUGAAAAAGACGGUUGAAGGUAACUCAGAAAGUGUCAGGUGGGACUGCCACAGAAGAUCCCACUAAGGAGAAGGGAAGAGAGGCGAAGUGUGUCAGCGCUCUGGGAAGGAGGCGCACCUCACUGGAUCACACUCCUGAAAAUGUAGAGUGGACUAAUGUCCUGGUGGUUUGGUCAUAUUUGUUAUGUGGUGGCCCUCAUAUUUGGAGGUGAUCCUCUGGAUGUCCCUUCUGAAUUACUGUCUACAGUCAUUGUAAGUUAAUGUCUCUCUUUUCUUGUUUAAAGGAAGUUCAGUUUGCUUCUAUCCUUCUGGGUAUCUUGCUUGGAUAGACAUGGUCCAACCAACUUCAGGACAAGCGGGAAUAUGCCCAGUGAAAAGAGAAAUAUGUCUAGCUAAGAUGUAUGGGGGUGAGAUGAACGAAGCAUGCUUUGUUCAUGGUCCAUCUUCAUAGAGGCCUUUGUUGAUAGUGUGCUAUUAUUUCAUCAGAAUGUAGCAAGGGUUGAUGGGAGAUAGUGGGUGGUCUGGUGGCAGUUUUAGUUAAGGGUGGCGUUAGCCUACGUAAGCCAGUAGACUGUGGUGAUGGAGUGGGUGUCCCUCUGUCCUUGGCAUUUCUAUGAGCUUUUUUUUUAAAAAGGAAACUGUUGGCUGGGGGUUCCUGCUGUUUUGUCAGAGUUUGCCCUUGUUUCAUAUCCAUGCUCUUGUCAAUCCCAGCUUAGGGUGGCAUAGAAGGGAAGGAAGCAGACGAGACAAUUCCACACCUGAGAAGAGCUCUCAGUGACAUGAACCUGGGUGGGAUCCCAUUUAAAGCCGGACCCCACAUUCUCUGUAGGGGUUUGUGGAAAGCUGGAGUCAGAGUCGAAAGUCAUUCAUUCUGCAUGACCCUAGGUGGUCACUUACCUGUGUUAUUCCUAGGGGCUCAGCCUCUGGCAUUUCUUCUGGAACAAUUCAUUACCUAGUCUCAGGAGGGGAAAUCACAGCAUCUAAGGGAGUGGCCUUGAACUUCAGAGGAGUUGCAUGGGGUGAAUCCUCUUCCUGUGUGGUGUGGUGUGCUUUUGUCUGUCUGAAGUUUCUCCUCUCUUGGGCUAUGGUCAGUCCCUGGAAGCCAGAGAUGUCUUGUUCUGUGGAGAAGAUGGUGAGGCACCCAGAGUGUGAACACCACUCUCCUCAUGUAUCCUGAAUGCUGCUCCCUCCUCCUCUCCUGACCCUGGCUGUAGACUAAUUGGUGAUCUUUGAUCUGGGUUCUUUGCUUCAACUUACAAUCCUAUGUCUUAGUUCUGUCUUCCUACCUAGAUUGGCACGGUGUCACGUUGACUUAAAUUGCUACCAAACCUGACUCGUGUUCAAAUUCUUGGUCACCCUUACUUCCCCCGGCUCUUAUUUGGACCCUUUGCCUGGACUCCUAAGGCUGUGUCUUGUCUCUUAGCCACUCUUCACUCCACCCAAAGGAGGUUCUGCUCAACUUGGGGCAGAAUUUAUUUGUAGCCAACGAAAAUGUUGUCGUUUCAAAUUCUAGUGGUUAACAUAGUGUUAACACAGUUGGGUCAGCCUUUCUUCCCUGUGUAUUCUAGAAAAAUAGUAAUCACAAGAGCAUAGGCAGGUCAUGGUGCAUUUAGUGCCUCAUCUUUGUCAGCCUGGAGAACGCUCACUGUGGACUGGGAGUGAUAUGGUGCCCUCAGCUGGCUGGCCAGGCUUCUUCUUUGUGAACUAAUGCUCAUGUCCUUCAUUGAGUUUUUAAAUCAACUCCUUUAUCUUCCUACCUGAUAACCUGUGUUGCUGGCAUGAAUCAUUUACUGAAAAAUACUUGUGAUGUUCUCAUCUGCCAGUUGGUGGUAUUUGUUUGUGGCAUCUCUUACACAAAUACUGAGUUUUUCUGGAGUUACAGUUAUCAAUUUUUUCUACUGUGUUGUAUGUCUUGUUUGUCAUUGUCUGUAAUCGUAUUAAAGUUUUGUUUGUCAUCUUUAUCUUUUAUUGAAACCCAUGUGUGAGUCUCUUCCCCUCUCCUUCAUCUGGUUUUGUCCACGGCACUUACCCUGCAUGUGGGGUGCUUUGCCUUCGCUUGUCUGUUCCGCUUGUGUUUUGUCUCUCUCCCUUCUAUAGAAUGGAAGCUCGGCGAGGGCAGGGCCUUUGGCCUGUUUCAUUCAUGACUGUAUUCCUAAUAUCUAGAAUGGUCACUGGUAUCCAGUAGGUGCUCAAUAAAUGUUAUUUUUUGACAAAUAAA